GCCGGAUUUGGCUGUGACUGUUUCUUUGGUAUUUAUAUCCGCCCAGCCCUACCAAAGUCUGUCGUCAUCACCGCCUCUUUCUCUCUACAGUGGCUAUAACAUGCCCUGCCCGGUAAUCCCAUGAGUCAACCAGCUUCUCAACCCAUGUCCCGGCUGGGCUUGGACUGGUCUCGCUGCCAUUUCGAUAUCGACUCUUACCUGAACCCCUUUAUUCCUGCUCCGCCAUGGCACCGGCUGCCUCGUCCCAUUUCGCAUUUUCUUGGUUAUAGACCUAGAUCGCCCAAGCCGGUCGGUAAUAUCAUCAUCGCGCUGUGGUCGUUGAUUGGUGUUUUCUGUGGUGUUGCUGUGAUAGCUUCUGUGUCGGCACAUGUUCCGUCCUUCCAGGACCAUCACGCGUCUAGAAUCGUUGCCAGUUUUGGCGCCGCCGCCGUUCUCGAAUUCGCCGUCAUCGAAUCCCCCUUCGCCCAACCCCGAAAUGCAAUCCUCAGCCAGAUCAUCGCCAGCGUCAUCGGCGUGGGCAUAGCCAAGCUGUUCGCCCUCAACGCGCACGCCCUUCACUUUACAGAACUAGGCGGCGCUCUCGCCUGCGCCAUCACCACCACCAUCAUGGUCCUCACUAACACCGUGCACCCACCCGCGGGCGCAACGGCCCUACUCGCCGUCACCGAGGGCCGGGAGAUAGGCUGGUUCCUGAUCCCCGUCAUGAUGCUGGGCUGUGCGCUUAUGCAGGCCGUCGCGUUGGUGAUUAAUAACAUCCAGCGACGGUUUCCGGUGUACUGGUGGACGGCGCAGAGCUUGGAACGACGGCCGAGCACGAGCAAGGAAGAGAAGGAUGUGGAGAGUGCUGUUAAGCAUAAAGAGGCGGAUUAUGUACCCAGUGCGUCGGAGGAUAGUCUGGGGCAGAAGUCGGCUCAGGUUAUUAUUCGACGUGGGGAUGUGUAUGUCCCUGAUAAUGUGUGGGUUACGGCGGAGGAGAGGGAGGUUCUGAAGACGAUUAGUGAGAGGAUACCUUAGCAUGUCUAAAAGAUACAUAGAACUACGACUUAAUGAUAUUAUAAUCACCGAUAUCGCAGCUUCGUGGACGUAGCUAUAUUCUGGUUGGAGUAUGGUUUUUGGAACCCUCCGCUUGUAACCGAGAUAUUUAGCUCACUGGAAUUGAGAUUUCAGGCCAUACUCUGGAUCUAUCUAGGCGGUAAAGUUAAAUAAUCCAUUCAUUAC